GAGUUAGUUGUACGUAGAUUAUCUAGCGGCAUGGACGGCGCUCGGCUUGUGUACACACUACUGUUUGCUUGUCUAAACUGUGCCCGGGUUUUAGCUACGUUGACAUUCACUCUAAACGAUGGCAACCAGAUUCCAGCCGUCGCAUUGGGCACUAGCUUGGGUCACCUUUCUGAUGGUACUCGAAUCUUACCUGUGAAUCAUUCCCUUGCCCGCGCGGUGCAGUGGGCGCUUGAGGCUGGCUACAGGCACAUCGACACAGCCACGUUGUACCGAGUCGAAGAUGAAGUCGGUUUGGGACUACAUAACUAUCUGAAGGACACACAUACCAAUAGAGAUGAUAUAUACAUUACUACUAAACUGUGGAACGAUGCUCAUAAAAAAGACGAAGUAAUACCCGCAUUAAUUGCUUCACUGGUACAGCUGCAACUGAACUACGUCGAUUUAUACCUUAUGCAUUAUCCAAUGGCUUACGAGAAAGACGGAAGUAUAAGUUUAACUGACUACUUGGAGACUUGGAAAGGAAUGGAAAAUGCUUAUAAUUUAAACCUCACUAAGUCAAUUGGUGUUUCCAACUUCAACAUAAGCCAGAUGCAACGCCUUUGGGAUAAUAGUGUUAUAAAACCAGCUGUUUUGCAAAUCGAGGUAAAUCCAACUAUAACACAAGACGAGCUGGUUGAUUGGUGUCAGAAACAUGGAGUGGUUGUGAUGGCGUAUAGUCCUUUCGGUGGUAUUUUAGGACGUAAGCAAGACGCGCCACCACCUCGCGCCGACCAUCCGAUACUAAAAAGAAUUGCUGCUAAAUAUAAUAAGACAGUGCCGCAGAUCUUAUUAAGAUAUCUGUUGGAUCGCAAGAUGGUUGCCAUUCCACGUUCCACAAAUAAGGAACGUAUAAAACAAAACAUUGAUAUAUUGGAUUUCUCGCUCACGAUCGACGAAGUUAAAGAAUUGUCUUCUUUUAAUAAAAAUUACAGACUCCGGACACCCGCAAAGUGGUACUCACAUCCUCACUUUCCUUUUGAAAAGAAAAAUCUAACUGAUGCAGAAAUUCAGUACAUAAUUGAGCAUAGUAUUGAAGACUAAUACGAUGUAUGGCUAUUAAAAAGAUUUAAAACUUUAAUUUACUCAUCCUGUAUAAGAAUUGUU